UGCUUGUCCUGCUUCAGACUACAUAGGCUACCUGUAUGUCCCACGAGUAUUACUUUUUAAUGUUUGACUUUUAACAGCGAUACAUCAUCUAAGAAUUUGGAAAGAUGGAUGAACCUCAAGAGUCAUCGUCCUGUAUCACCAACGCCCACAACUCCAACUGCAGUAGUAAACCUGGCAGUCCUCCACAAUGCAACGGGGUCUCAGAGUGCCGGACCAUGCUGCGGGUGGCUGAGUCACACGGACUCCAGCUGCUGGGCGUGCUCAGAUCAUUCAGGGAGCGAGGCUUACUGUUUGACUUCACCAUCAAGGUUCAGGAACGCAGUUUUCCCUGCCAUCGCUGUGUCCUUGCAGCAUGCAGUGAUUUCUUCAGGGCCAUGUUGUUUGAGGUGGAUAUGCGAGAGUGCGGGGAUGGUUCGGUGACUCUUGGUAACCAGUGUCCAGAGGCAGUGGGUUUCUUCCUGGACUUUGCCUAUUCUGGAGAGACACUCAUCACUGAUAGUAAUGUAGAUAUGCUGUUUCAGAUUGCCUCUUUUCUGCAGGUUUCAGUCCUGUCCCGAGCAUGCAGCGACUUCCUGAUAGGAACCAUGGAUCUCUGUAACUGCCUGUCCCUCUUCUCCCUUGCUGAGGCAUACGGCUCUGCCUCCCUGCUCAAAAGUGCCAACGACUUUGUGGUUCAGAACUUCUCUGACCUCUCCAAAACCCAGGACUUUCUGGAUAUGCAGGUGAAUAUUUUGGAGGCAUGCCUGAGGUCAGAUGCUCUAAACGUGCCCAGUGAAGAGGUUGUAGUGAAGUCACUUCUCAGAUGGACGCACCAUGAUCUUGCAGGAAGACAAAAACUGUUGCCAGGCUUGUUAUCUUUAACUAGACUCCACCAUCUACCUGCACCUGAUCUAAAGAAUCUGCGUGACUCAGACACUCUCCUCUAUGAUAAUGAGUCCUGCGUCGCCCUGUUCUCAGAGGCUCAGAGCAGGCAGGAUCAGUACAGCGGCCUGCUCUCUGACGCUCGGCCGGCCACCACGCAGAGCUACAUCUACAUCCACAAGACGGAGGAGAAUGGAGAGAUCCGCCACACCUUUUGCUACUGUCUGGAAACAGACCAGUGGAAAGAGCUGGGGACAGGGCAUGGAGAGGGGACAGCCAUGAUGCCAGACCCACCCGGAUCCUACCUUGCCAGCUUUGCUGAGAAGAUGUUUGUAACAGGUGGCUGCAGGGGCAACUGUUGCCGGGCAAUACGUCUCCACGUGGCUGAGCCGUUCCAUGAUGCCACGGAUGAAGUUUGGUGCUUCUGUCCUGUAACCCUAACCUGUACGCCUGCACCGGCCAUGCUGAAACCCAGAACCACGCACACAGCUGUGACCUGCCUGGACCGAGUGUAUGUCAUUGGAGGACGGACCAAGGGGUCCAGAGGGGGAGCACCCAGUCUGCUGGAGGUGGAGUAUUAUGACCCUCUGACCCAGACCUGGUGCUCAGUCAGCCCGCUGCCCACUGCCAUCUUCUAUCCUGAGGCCAGUGCUUGUGACAGUGUUAUCUACACACUGGGGUCAGAGGUGGAGAUCACAGACUCCUUCAAUCCCUCAUUGGACUGCUUCUUCUGCUAUGACGCCCAGCAGGACCAGUGGAACCGCCUCGUGGCAGAGUUUGGCCAGUUCUUCCAUGCUACACUGGUCAAAGCGGUGUCAAUUAAUAACACACUGCACCUCUGUGACCUGUCCACUUAUAAGGUCUACAGUUUUUGUCCAGAGACCUGCGUGUGGAAGGGUGAGGGGUCAUUUGAGUGUGCUGGGUUCAAUGCUGGAGCAGUGGGUUUGAGAGACAGAAUCUACAUCCUGGGUGGAGACUAUUCUCCGGACGAGAUCACUGAUGAAGUUCAGGUGUACCACAGUGGGAGAUGCCAGUGGGAGGAAGUGGCCCCCAUGCCCAGAGCGCUCACCGAGUUCCACUGCCAGCUCAUCAGCUUUAACAGAUACAAAGACCCAUGGGGUGACACAGCAUGAUACACAGCAGAUAUACACCCACACACUCAUUAACACAUGAGUGGAUGUACAUGUAUGUGUUCCAUGUGCCACCGAUGUAAUCAAGUACCCACAAGUCUCCUUUAUGCAUGAUGGACAGCUGACUGAGAGAAUGUUUAACUAACACCAUGUCUCUCCCACAUCAUUAUAACACGAGAGCACCUGAGCCAAAUGAAUCAUUACUUUUUUAUUUAAAGAUCUGAUCUUUAUAUUUGUAUGUGUA